CGACCCCCAAGGAGAUUAAACGGCACCUGGGCUGGGCAAAUUAAACGAUUGUUUUCUCUUCUUUUUUUCUUUGAGUGCGACUCUUCCUCCUGUCUCGCAAGUCCUCCAAACCGCGGCACACCUUCCCAUCUCUUCCUCCCGUCUCGCAAGUGACAGAACUCAGAAGCAGUCAAGCAGGCUGGAUACCUUUUCGAGGUCAUUCCUGUGAAUUAUUCAUGGGUCUUCCAUUAACAAAAUUGAAGCGGAGUUAACAAGAGGUUUGAUGAUAGUUGUGGGUAGCCCCUUGCUUUCGCUUCGGUAUCUUUCCAAGCUCCCUUAUCCUCAAUUUGCAUUAUCAGCAUCUGCUUCGACGCCUGAGAUGGCGAUGGGAUCAUCAAUGCCUUCAAUUAUAGUGUUGUGUGGGAAAUCUGAUGUCGAGAAUGAACUGGCCAAAGCACUGAAGAAGAACAAUGCUCUGAAGCUCCUUGGAGACAAUGAAUUCAAAGUUGUUCUGCAUUCGGAGGUGGACAAUAGAUUAAGAAAUGAUGCAUUUAAUGUAGACCAUUACUUUAACUCUCUCUCCACAGCAACUGGACUCGGGAGAUUCGUCAUUUACUCUCCCAGACUUUCUUCCACACAGGAUUUUAUUGCAAGCAAUUUCUGUGAGUUGCCACUUGGUGCAGUGUGUGUUGCUGAUGUGCAAUUCAAGGGGCGAGGGCGUUCAAUGAAUGUGUGGGAAUCCCCAAAGGGUUCCCUUCUUUUUUCAUUUACCUUACAAAUGGUGGAUGGACGAAUGGUGCCACAUGUGCAGUAUGUGGUCAGUCUUGCUAUGGCAGAUGCCAUUAAUGAUCUCUGCAAGCAAUAUGACGCCUCAGAUCUUGUUGUAAGAAUAAAGUGGCCAAAUGAUCUUUACUUAGAUGGUCUUAAGAUUGGUGGCAUUUUGUGCACUUCAACAUACAAGUCCCAGAAGUUUAAUGUCAGUGCUGGAAUAGGCAUAAAUGUCGAUAAUGAGAAACCCACUACCUGCUUGAAUGCUGUUCUACAGAAAUUAACAUCUGCUCCAAAUUUAUUAAAAAGAGAAGACAUUCUUGCAGCAUUUUUCAAUAAAUUUGAGACUUUAAACGAGGUUUUCCUAAAACAAGGAUUUCAUCCCCUUGAGGAGUUGUAUUAUAAGACUUGGCUCCACAGUGGGCAGCGAGUUGUUAUACAGGAGAGUAUCGAGAACCAGAAUGAGUUUGUAGAGAAUGUAGUCACUAUUCAGGGCUUAUCACCAACAGGUUACUUAUUAGCCAUAACUGAUGAUGGUCAAACAUGGGAACUUCAUCCAGAUGGUAACAGCUUAGACUUCUUCAAGGGACUUGUGAAAAGGAAACUCGGCUGAUAAAGAACUAAAUAUUCUUCAGCACCAUUCACAGUUAAGCUGAGUCCAAAGGGGAGCCUUGGUGCACAAGUUGAGUGCCCUCAAAGCAGUCUCUUACAAAAAAUGCCGAGUAAAGUUUUGCUUAUAUUCCACCCUUGUGGUGAACUAAGGACGCGCCCUAUACGCCAAAUUCUCCUUUUUAUUAGAGUGCUUUCAUAAUGGAAUUAACUUUUUAUUAGAAUGCUGUCAUAAUCGAAUCAAAUUUUGUCAUGACAUAUAAACAUUCAAAUCAAGUUCUCCUUUUGACAUAUGUGCCAUUCAAAAUAUUUACUUCAUUGAUCAUGAUUAUUAUUGUUAGGUGGGGUUAUAUCCAUUCCCUAUUUUGUCAAGGAUAGAAAGCUGGUGAGAGAGUCUAUUGCACCGUGGUUUGGGGUGUUCAUCGGGUCAAACAUAGACCGAAUCGGGACCGGACCGGGAUCGAAUAAGAGGAACUUUGUGGACCGAGGACCGGACCGCUUAAGAUGGACAAAAGAUGCCUUCAUCAAUGCGGCAUGCCAGGCAAAUGAUCGCCAAGUUAGCUCCGGGGAAGCAUUGGAGGGAGUCUUACCAUUAAGAAGUUUCCUUGGAUUAGAAUAACAUGUGGUGGAUGUGGAUGGAAUAGAGUUUCAAGAUCCAU